UCAGAAUAUGGAACUUCAGUGUUUCAGAGAAUUUCAAAUCCAAGAAAGUAGCUACUCUUCCCAAAAGAAAAAACAACUCUCUUAUAAACUUCAACCGAACAAAACACAACAACUCAAACAAUUACAAACACAAAGAAACCAUUUCUUGCAUGGCUUAUUACCAUUCAGAAGGGUUAUUAUACACAGGCUCUCAUGACAGAACAGUGAAAACAUGGAGAAUCUCUGAUGGAAAAUGCUUAGACUCAUUUCUAGCACAUGAAGAUCAUGUAAAUUCUGUGUUGGUUAACCAAGACGAUGGUUGUGUUUUCACAUGUUCUUCUGAUGGAUCAGUGAAAAUAUGGAGAAGGGUAUACACAGAAAACUCACACACAUUAACAAUGACACUAAAGUUUCAACCUUCACCGGUGAACACACUAGCAUUGAGUUCAUCAUUCAACCAUUGUUUUCUCUACUCCGGAACUUCAGAUGGAAUGAUAAAUUUCUGGGAGAAGGAAAGGCUGUGUUACAGGUUCAACCAUGGAGGGUUUCUGCAGGGUCAUCGAUUCGCGGUACUUUGCGUUGUGACAGUAGGGAACAACAUGGUGUUUAGUGGCUCAGAGGAUACGACGAUACGAGUUUGGAGAAGAGAAGAAGGGAGUUGUUAUCAUGAAUGUUUGGCUGUUUUGGAUGGACAUAGAGGACCUGUGAGGUGUUUGGCUGCUUGUCUUGAGAUGGAAAAGGUUGUUGUUGGGUUUUUGGUUUAUAGUGGGAGUUUGGACCAGACAUUUAAGGUUUGGAGGAUUAAGGUUUUCUGUGAGGAUGAGAAUAUUGUUGGUGAAAAGUGUGAAGGGAGAGUGAAGAAGGUUAGGGAGUAUGAUAUGAGUCCUGUUUUGUCACCUUCUUGGGUUGAGAAGAAACUUCAGGGUAGUAGUCCUUUUCAGUAAUCUUAG